CCCUCGAGCCCAUCCGAAACCCUAUGAAGGUGGACAGAGAAAGACAAGAAAAUGAGAGCAGCGAGCGCAAGGAGUGAGUGAAAGAGAGACCGUGUGCGUGCGUAUGUGAGCGAGAGUGUGAGGACGCGCGCGCGCGCGUGUGUGUGUGAGUGUGAGGACGCGCGCGCGCGCGAGAGUGUGUGUGUUCGGUAAGAAGGGGAAUAAAAAAGACGAGAGACCGGGGGGCAGCCAGCUCGAAGCGGCGGGCAACACCGAGCCAUGGAGGGCGAUGUGCGUGUCCGAGCGGUGGUGAUGACACGUGACGAUUCUAGCGGUGGCUGGGUGCCCCUUGGAGGUGGCGGCCUCAGUCAUGUGAUCAUAUGUAAGGGGCGGAGCUCUGAAGGUCGUGGGCGGAGAGAGUACGUCAUACGUGGAGAACGGCUACGCGAUCGAGCACCUGUGCUGGAAUGCGCCAUUCAAAAGGGUCUGGUCUACAACAAGGUGAACCCCAUCUUCCAUCAUUGGCGUGUGGAGGAGAGGAAGUUUGGUCUGACCUUCCAGAGUCCAGCUGACGCCAUCUCCUUCGAGAGGGGGCUUCAAAGUGUCCUUGAGAAGCUGGACAGAGGAUCUGACUCGCCAUCCUCCUCGACACCUGAAGAGGGCGACACUGAGGAUGACGGUCAAGCAUCUCAUACAGGGAGUGAGUCGUCAUCCAACAGCAGAAAAGAGAUGCUGCCCAAACCCAUUACCAUUGUGACCAGUGAGUCGUCCUCCACCUGUUUUGUGCGCUCCACAGAGGAGUUUGCAUAUGGGACAGGGCACGCCUGCACGACGCAGACCCCAGCCCAGAUCCACACCCGACCUGCCCAGCACCAGCUCACCCAAGUUACCGCCAUUUUGAACCCUCCGGCGCCCCCUCCGCCUGGUACGCACGGCUACGAGGACUACCGCCGCGCUGGUGCUACACGGACCAAGGUGGGCGGGCUGACGGGGGGCGUGGUGGUGGGUGGCGGCCAGGACAAGUCGGAGCUCUGCGUGGUGCGCUUCGAGAAGGAACUGGCUGGCGUGGGCACCACGGGCUGCGAGGUCACCGUCAUGCUGGACACCAAAGGCUCUCAGCUCAACUCUUCGCCCACCUGCAUGCCCAACGCCAUGCCGGGAGUGCCGUCGGCCAGCGGCUCCCCACAGGAGACGGGCAAAGGCUCGCCCUCUCCCUGCUGCAUUCAAUCGAACCAAACAAGACAGGUGUGA